AUGGCUGCCGGUGCUACCAUUGCAAGUGACCUGUCUCUUUUCUUUUCAGGGGGAGCCAAUCUCACAACUUCUUCUCCAACAUCAUCAGCGUCACGUCUUUCUGCAUCUGUGGCUGACGCCGCUAGUGGCACGGAAACUACCACACCAGCAGCGGAGACCAAUAAGUACCUUGCCUCUUCCGUUGCUCUCCUCUAUGAAACAACCACUGAAUGGAACACCGUUGGAGAAACAAGCCUCUCUGGAGUAGCUACAACGCUGCCAACCUCUUCUUCACCUGAAGCUUCCACGGGAUUCCUCUCUUCAUCUGUGGCUCUCCUCUCUGACACGACUACUCCGAGGAGAACCCUUGGAGAAACAAGCCUCUCUGGAGUAGCUACAACGCUGCCCUCCUCUUCCUCACCCGAAGCUUCCACGGAAUUCCUCUCUUCAUCUGUGGCUCUCCUCUAUGAAACAACCACUGCAUGGAACACCAUUGGAGAAACAAGCCUCUCUGGAGUAGCUACAACGCUGCCCUCCUCUUCCUCACCUGAAGCUUCCACUCCUGUUGGCAUCUCAAAUGUCUCUCCAUCUUCUUCAUCCCUUGAAAUGACUUCCAUCUCCAGCACUGGUUUUGGGCAUCCUUCAGAAGAAAGGACCACUCACCCAGCAGAAUCCACCAUGCUUUCCAUCGGUUCCACCACAGAGGAGAUGAAUUCCAGCCCUCCAUCUCCCCAAGACGAAAGGACAUCGGAAGUCCCUUCGACCAUCAUCUCCAUCACGUCCCAAGGAGAAUCUACCAGUGAGAAACAUCCUAGUUCUCCUUCUUUUACGGACACCAUGAAAACGUCCCCCUUGUUGGUUCCCCUUUCUACUCCAAGGGUAGCGACCUCCACCCUUCUGAGUACCCCUUCUGGAGUUGGAGACACAACCAGAGAAGUUACUACAAGUUCUGAGGCCAAGAUCACCAGCUGGUGGCCAGGAAGUUCUCCCUCCUCAACUUUCUCUUUGGUUACUCAAGACAGAAGCACCUCAAAAGUUAUCUCCACCGGCCUUCUGUCUUCCAAACCAGGAAAGACCAGCCUGGGGCGACCUGCUCCGCCCUCCACGAAUCCCACAAGUGAAAAUUCUACAACCGCUUUGAAAGUCCUUUCUUCCACCACCACAUCUUCCUCAGCUUCGAAGGCUCUCCCUAAAACUCCAGCCAGGAGUCGCUUCAUCCUGUCGGUGAGACUCAGCACUUCCUUAAACAUCACGGAUCCUUCUGUCACUCACGCGGUGCGAAAGUGGUUCAACCAGGAACUGCAGGCAAAAUUUCCUGUUUUCAGCUUCAACCUGACCUGGAUUGGCUAGCAAAGAAGUUGGAAAAUAAUCAGAAAGCUUCCAAUUUGUGCCUCUUCUGGAUCAAUGCACCCUAAUAACAUAAAUAAUCAUGGAUUUCAGUUUGUUUUUUUUAAAAAAAAACACCUUAUUUUUCAUGCUGGCUGAUUCCACGAAUGCUCUGUUCAAAUUUUGAGAAAACUCCAGUGACAAAUUCUCCCCUACUGUGCGAAAUGUACAAAAUCAACAGGUUGGCUGUGUUCACACAAUCAAUCAAUCAAUCAAUCAAUCAAUCAGAAAAGAGCUGGAAGGGACCUUAGAGGUCAUCUAGUCCAGGCGUCACCAACCUCUUGG